AUGCCCACCCCGACUGGCGCCACCGGCGCGGCGACCGGCGCGGCCGGCGGGCGCGGCCAGGGUCGCCCCGACUCGCUCGUCCCGGUGACGGUCAAGAUGCUCCAGACCGCGAUCGCGGCGUCCAACGUGGACGACGGCCUUCGCGUCAACGGCGAGGAGGUCCACAACAUCACCCUCCUCGGUAAGAUCAUCGAGGCGAGCGACACCGCCACCAACCAGGUGUACACCCUCGACGACGGCACGGGCACCGUCAUCGUCAAGCAGUGGGUCGACGCGGAUGACGCAGACGCGUCGUCCAGAAAGGAUGAGCUCGUCGUGGGCAAGUACGCUCGCGUCUACGGGCACGUCAAGCAGUUCGGCAGCGACACCUCCGUCGUCGCGUUCAGCGUCCGUCCCGUCCAGGACCACAACGAGGUCACCUACCACUUCCUCGAGGCUGUCUACUGCAACUCGCACAACGCGCAGCGAGCGGAUGCCAAGCCGGCGGCUGGCACCGCGUACGCCGCGCCCUCCUCGGCGCCCGCGUCCGCGCCCGCCGUCGACCCCGGCGGAAGCUGCGUGGACCAGGCCAAGGCGAUCUUCGAGGGUCCCGACGGGCGCCGCGACGAGGGCGUGAAGAUCGACGUCGUCGUGCAGCAGCUCAACGGGCGGUUCACCGAGGCACAGGUGCGCGAAGCCGUGGAGCACCUGGUCAACGAGGGCCACCUGUACUCCACCAUCGACGACGAUCACUUCAAGUCCACCAACCUCUAG